UCCAAAUUGGGAUUUCUGGCACCUAGCUUCCACAUGGCAGUGUGUGUUCCUGUGCUGUAGAAUUUAUCGGUUCGAUCGGUUGCCUUUUAUUUUUUAUUAAAACGUAGCGCGAUGGGAAAGACGAAGAACGCGAGGUUUAAGCGCGCGCAGUUUCCUCCGGAGGGACGGCCGGUAAAAGCUGUGAAACGCGCCGCUGAAGAUGAUGAGGAGGAGGAUGUGGUUGAGUCUCCGCAUGCAGAAUUACUUGAAAAAUUGCAGAGUCCGAGUGCAGAUAUACGUGAGUAUGCAUGUGCUAGUAUUUCCCGAGUGGUUCAGCAGAGUCAGACGAUCCCAGGCUUUCUGCACAGAGACGCAGUGAGGAGAUUAGCGCCACUUCUUCUGGACAGCAGCCUGGCGGUCAGAGAGACGGCAACUGGAGCGCUCAGGAACCUGAGUGUGUGUGGAGGAGCCGAGGUGUGUGAGGACAUGGUGAGGCAGGACGUCCUGACUCCUCUCACCACCCUGCUGACCGAGUGCUGUGUGCGGGUCCAGCUGAGCUCCAGUCCCGUGAAGAAGGAGCAGAAACCGACCGUGGAGGAUGUAGCGAAUGAAGCUGUGAAUUUACUCUGGAAUCUCUGUGAGAGCAGCAGUACAGCCGUGUCGGUGUUUAAUAGAGCCAGACUUCUGGACGUUCUGUUGCCAUGCAUUGAGAAACAUCCACACAACGUCCAGCUCGCUCUGUCAGCAGCACACUGUUUACACACUGUGACUGAGGAUAACUCCGAGCUGGUAGGAAGUGUGAACGCUGCUGUUUUGGCCGCUUUAGAGAACGUGUUGCUUUCCACACACUCCAGUAUGGAACACGUGCUUUUACGCAGUCUGGCUGCAGGAACCAUCUGGAACCUGAAGUGCUGCCUGUCCUCCACCCAUCAGGCCGAGGCUAUCUCCGCUGUGGUCAAGACUCUGGCUCAGUGUCUCAGCCUGGACGCGGGAGUGCUGGUCCCAGACCUGUGGCACAGAGAGUCCAGUCGCCUGGACGGAGCCGGCACGUCCGAUCCCGAGUCGGCCAGACCGGACGAGCACCAGGCCGCAGCCGGCGUGCAGGAAGAGGAGGAGAUGGACGACGGAGAGAUGAAGAUGAACAGAGGGAAGCGGAACGGGAAAAAGAUGGAGAAAGAUCUCGCCGCUUUUCUGCCGAGGGACAAACCGGAGCUGAGGGAAGCCGUAGCACUACUGACAGCACAGCAAACCUCACUGGAGAUUAUCGUCAACAUGUGUUGCUCAGAUGAACCCUCCGAUGAUGAGUGGGAGGAGAUGUCGAGCAGUGACGAGAGUGAGAUAUGUACCGACGGUGUGGCAGAUGGGAACUCCAGCCUCUUCUCUCCUCUCUGCCUUUCUGCAGAGUUACACACAACACUGCUGAACUACAGCAUACCACAGCAGGUCCUGAAGAAAGCAGAGUUUCCGAGCCAUGCUGCUCUGGACGUUUGUGGCCGGAAUCCCGCAUGGAAGUGCCUCGUUAAGAAAAUGCAGCGGGUGCAGUGUCGGGCUCUGACGUGUCUCCAUAACAUGCUGGCUGUGAUGGACGUGGAGUGUCUGGGUGGAGCUGCAGGACUGCAGGCCGUCGCUCAGCACCUCUCGUCUCUCAUCUUUACCUCAGCAGAUCUUUUGAAGGAUGAGGAGUUCUUGGAGGCCGUAACCAGCGCCAUGCGCUCGCUGCUCCAAAUAAUGGCCUCCAAAAAUAUCCCUCAGUGUAUGAGCCCUCAGCAGUUGAUGAGUGUGUGUGAAGCAGCACUGCAGUGUGAUGUGCUGAGCGUGAGAGUGAACGCUCUGGCCAUUCUGGGCAUCACAGGAAGCACGCUGGCUAAAGACGAGGGAUCUGCUGAGACGCUGCAGCUGAUAGGAAACGCGCUGCUGGGCGUCGCGUCUAAGGACACGAAUCUGGUGGCGUGCGGAGAAGCGCUGGACGCUCUGUUGGACGUUUUUGCAGACGGCCAGGAGGCGGAACAGGCGGCGAGAAACAUCAACCUGCUCACAGCUCUGAAGGCUCUACAGCCUGCCUUCACUGCCAAGAUCCGGAAGGAAGGCCGAGGAACCUACAGCGCGGAUCAGCUGUGCGUCCUGGACAACGUCAAGACCAACCUGCGCAGGUUCAUCGGCUACCUGGAGUCGCUGCAGAAGAAAUAAGGACGAAAUCGGACACGACAGAAAUUCUUGACUGAAAUUCAAUGUGAGGGGUUUUGGAGAUUAAAGCUCCGGUCAGGAAUCUGUGGAACUGGCAGGCCAGUUUUUUUUUUAGUUAGUGUGUGUGUGUGACCGGAGAUACAGAACACACAAGCGUGUGUGCUCGGUUUUCUCGAUUUGAGUUGCGGUUCAUUUAAGAAUGAGAAAAAUUUUAGUGUAUUAAAUAAUACUCUAGUUUUAAAGCUCUCGGAAGGAGGAGCUCUGUUUGUAGCAGUGUCAGUACAAUGCUAUAUAUAUUUUCGAUAUCCGUUACAUCGGACACUUGGUUUAUUUUUAUUACUAUAAUAUAAUCACACAAUUUUAUAUAUAUAUAUAUAUAUAUAUAUAUAUAUAUAUAUAUAUAUAUAUAUAUUUCUUUUCCUCAUUUUUAAAUGUAACGUCUCAGGGUCUGCAGAUCCAAUACAGCCUAUUAUGGUGUGGAAAAAAUGAAUUCUAUUUUAUUUCUGUCGAAUAUUUUGAUUUUGAAUAUUUUUAUUUUUCAUGCUGUUUUAUGGGAUGAUCCUGAUUGUUGUGUUGAAGAAAAACUCAAUCAUCUAUAAAAAGUGGCUUUUAUAGCGAGAGACAUGAUGAGGUGUUUAUUUUGGCUUGAAUACUGAAUACAGUGAGUGCUGGACUGUAGAGAAAGUCGUGAAAAAUCUAGAUUUAAUAUGAAAGUGAAUUUCUGAGGAUAGUGAAUAACGUCCCGGUUCUGUUGUGAAUGUGAAAAGUGUAAAAAGAGGCUUUCUCCAGGUUCAGUCUAUAACGUUUAACGGUUUCGCAAAAUGUAUGUUUGGUGUCCGGUGUCGCUUCUUCAGCUCGUGUGCAUCCAAUCGGCUGGUGAAACUGCAUGACCACAUCUUUGUGUCCUUACUUCACGCAUCAUUUAUAUUAUUUAUACUGACAGCGCUGCUGAAUUGCUUCAGAUUCGUUUCCAGUUCCAUCUACUACCAUUACAUGAAUGUACGUGUUUGCGUUUCUAUAGCAACGCUCACUCACAAUGAUGGAUAAUAAACAGAUGUAUUUUGAAAUAAAUAGUUGAUUGUUUGCUUUUGUAAGGGAUCAGUUCAAAACGGAUGGAUCUAAUGUUGGCGUAAGCUGUAACUUUUUAGGUUUUACUCAACAGGAAAGUUGUUCAGCGUGGAGGAAGUGAUGUCACAAUGCCUUUAUUUUGAAAGAGAGAGAGAAAAUGAUCGUUUAGGUUUGCUGUAAUGUAAGCAACUUGAUUUAUGGAUGAUCCACAACGUGAAAUGCAACUAUAUAUGAAUAAAAUGGAUGUUGUGAUGAUAUUUGGUGUAUAAAUCGUACAAUUGUUGCCAUGGUGAUCAAGUAAACAUCUUCAGGGUGGUAACAUAAAUUCCCAUUAUUUAAUCUUCUCAUUCUUGGAAAGAUGGCUUUACUUCAUUUUGAGCAAAAUAGGAAGAAUAAUCCAUAUUCACAUUGUUGAGUUCUGUUGGGAUUAAAUAUAUGUAGAUUUAUGCGUAUAUAUAUUUUUACAUAAACGUUAGUUCAUUUAUUUGUCCUGAUUGUUAACUACACUUCCUGUACAGAAGUAAAGAAGCGAACGUCGGACACCGAACAUCAUGGAAAUUCAUUUCAUCUUCAUGCUCUUGUGUAGAGUUGAUCACACAGAUGUUAUUUCUGGGCGGGGAAAUAAAGUGUGAAGUUUUCUUUAUAUAUUAAUUGUUUACUCUCCCAAGACAUUGUUUAGCUUUGGAAAUGAACAGGAGAUCAUAUCACAGAGAGCUCUAACUGAAAAGGUUUGGCGUGAAUUUUCUGAUGCUUUACAUCAUUAAAGCGAAAUGUUUUCGAUGA